AUGCUUCUAAAUCGAAGCCUUACAACAUAUUUAAGGGUUACCGGAUUAAAUUAUGAUUUGCAAGUUGCAAAAGGUUUAUAUCGAUCGAUCUCAAGGAGAAGUUAUUCAAAUGAAGCAGUCGCUUCUGCUGAAAUGCAAGUGAAUGACACUCAAAAAAGCGCCUCUCAGGACGGUGUAAUAAUUGAACCUGGUAUUAAUGAGAAUUCCUCAAAAUUAAAUACUAAUAUAGAAGGAAAAAGCUCGUUUGCAAAUAGACUUAAGGCCAGUCGAAGGCUUGUACCUUUACCUUCUUCUAUGUUAAGAAACUGGGAAAAACUUGAUGAAAAGUUACCUUUAAAUCCUAUUAAUUUUAGGAAUAUAGGUUCAUAUCAAAACGUUCUUAUUUCUAAACUCCCAAUUUCUGCGAUUCGUCGAGAUAUUGAAAUGUUGGUUCAUGGGAUUUUCCCUAAUAAUGAAAAACCUCCAAUUCAGAACUCCAAGACAGCUUUAGUAUUUACUAGAUGCACCCAUCAAAAUAUCUUUUAUGGAAAUAGACUGGAAGUCCAAUUAAAGGAAAUUAUCCCUGAACGAGUACGACUUGAUCCAUUAAAUAAUCAUGUUGGCAGAUGUGUUAUUUUAUCGGGUUUGCCAUGGAAUAUGGACGAAGACUAUUUAUAUGAAUAUAUCAAAAAAAUUUGUGACGAUAAAAGUUUUAGAACCAUCCAAAUCUCUCCAAAAGUCACGUUUCCACAUGAUACCUCAAGGUGGUUGAUACUUCUUAAUAAUAAUAUCGAUUCUUAUCACGUUUUUAGUAGAUUACACAAUAAAUCUUUUGAUAAAGAUCAUCAAUUGAAGGCAAGAAUGAUAAAAUGA